CUUACGUUAACCAUGGUUACUGAGCGGGUUAGAAAUCCAGUUUAUAAACCCACCGCCGCUCCGCCUCAUCUUCCCCGUCCACGGCCGAGCCCAGCACAGCAACAGUCGUCUACCUCCCCAGUUUACGAGAUCUCGACCAAAGACAGCCACCGCUCGACGAGAGAAAACAACGCAAACGCGAAACCGAUGAUGAUGAUGGGAGAGGGAGCGCAGGCGCCGCCGUGGCAGCACGCGGCGACCGGUGCGGAGGGAGGCGGCUACACAAACACGGGACCUGCUACCGACGACGUGUCGCCCUACCUCCUGUCCGCGCUCCGGCGCUACCUUCCGUCCAACACCGCCGCGGCGGGUGCCGGCGAGGACGACGAGGACUACGCGUGCGACGAGUUCCGCAUGUACGAGUUCAAGGUGCGCCGGUGCGCGCGCGGCCGGAGCCACGACUGGACCGACUGCCCGUUCGCGCACCCGGGCGAGAAGGCGCGGCGCCGGGACCCGCGCCGCCACUGCUACUCCGGCUCCUCGUGCCCGGACUUCCGCAAGGGCGGGUGCCGCCGCGGGGACGCCUGCGAGCUCGCGCAUGGCGUGUUCGAGUGCUGGCUCCACCCGGCGCGCUACCGGACGCAGCCGUGCAAGGACGGCACCGCCUGCCGCCGCCGCGUCUGCUUCUUCGCGCACACGCCCGAACAGCUCCGCGCCGUGCCGACGCAGCACCAGCAGCAGGUCUCCAGCUCCAGCCCCAGGAGCGCCGCCUCCUCCCCGCUCGCCGAGUCCUACGACGGCUCCCCGCUCCGACGCCAGGCGUUCGAGAGCUACCUCGGCAAGAGCGCCAUGUCCUCCUCGCCGACAAGCACCCUCGUGUCCCCGCCCAGGUCGCCGCCAUCGGACUCGCCGCCAAUGUCGCCCGACGCGCUCCGCCGCGGUCCAUGGCCGGGCGUCGGGUCGCCCGUCAACGACGUGCUCACCUCGCUCCGCCAGCUCCGUCUGGGCUCGCCGAGGUCGGCGCCGUCCGGCGGGUCGUUCUUGGCCGGCUACUCCAGCGCCUACGGAUCCCCCAGAUCCCCGGCCGGACUGUACAGCAGCCUCCCGUCCACGCCGACCAGGCCAUCCCUGGUGACGGUUAGCACGCCCUCCGGCGCCACCCUGACCGUGGAGCCCCUCGACCUGGGGCUCAUCUCCGAGGAGGAGCCCGUCCAGAGGGUGGAGUCCGGCAGAGCCCUCCGCGCGAAGGUGUUCGAGAGGCUCAGCAAAGAAGCCACCGUCUGCAACAACGACACCGUCGCUGCCGCGACUGUCGGGUUUCCGACCGAAGCAGCCGCUCCUGACGUCGGCUGGGUCUCCGAUCUCAUCAAUUAAUUUCAGCAAGCAACAAACGCACAAGGCCACCGAGACAAAGCUAGGUGGUCAGGUCAGUUACUCGCCAGUCAUUAUUUUGUCAACAUUAACUACCGACGGUUCUUGUGAAUAAUAUCCAUGGUAAGUCCAAGGAAGCAGCUGGAAGACGAGGAGAA